AAUAAAAAAAUAAAAUAAAAUAAAUAAAAAAAUUCCCUUCAUGGAGCUACAAACAACGGCCACCACCACCGCCACCACUUCAACCGUAACCGCCGCGGCAAAAUCCACCAUAAACCGCGUAGGAGGAACGCGCCACCCUGUCUACCGCGGCGUGAGGAAGCGUCGAUGGGGGAAAUGGGUUUCGGAGAUUCGAGAACCUCGCAAGAAGUCUCGCAUAUGGCUCGGUUCCUUCCCGUCGCCGGAGAUGGCGGCGAAAGCCUACGACGUCGCCGCUUACUUCCUCAAAGGCCGAAAAGCGCAGCUCAAUUUUCCCGACGAGGUUCACCGUCUUCCGCCGCUUCCUCCUCCGUCGUCAUGCACCGCACGUGACAUCCAAGCCGCAGCUGCAAAAGCAGCACACAUGGCCGCCGCCGCCGCAGCAGCAGCCGUGACUGCCGAUGACGCCGGCGAUUCGCCGGAGAAGUGCGGCAUUUCGAAUUCUUCCUCCGACGGCGAUGAUUUCUGGGGAGAAAUUGAGCUGCCUGAGCUCAUGAACGAUGGAGAGUGCAGAUGGAGUUAUUCUCACGGCGGCGGUGGGUGGAACUCCGGCGGAUCCUCCGGCUCCGGCGACGUAACGGCUUGGCCGGAAGUUGAGUUACCGUAUAGUGGUUAGUGUAUGUGUGUGUUUUUAGAAAAAAUGAUAACUUUGUGGUUGGUAUAUUAAUUCCUCUUUAAUUUUUUUUAAUUAUUUUUAUGUGUGUAUUAUAAAAUAAUUAUUGGAAGAAAAACUAUAAUAAUAAUUUGUAGCAGUAACUGAAAAUUUUUUCUCCACUAAUUAUUGAUAUUUAGCAUAGUUUUUACUGUUUAAAAUUUCUUUAAGUCAUGACUUAAAAACAAAUGAUUUGUUUUUUAUUUGUAAAAAAAAUAUAGUUAACAGAAAAAUCUAAUAGCUAAUUAGUAUAUUAUUAAGAAUUAUUUUGAUAUAAUUUUAAUUUUAAUGCUGUUUAAUUAGUUAGCAUAUAGCAUGAUUAGUGAUUAUAAUUUUAUACAU